AUGGAUAUCAACACAAAUACAUUGAAUCGUCAACUGCUAACAUUAACUGAUGAACAUGUAAUUAGAUCAAAAAUAAAAAAGAUGAAAGUUAAAUGUGCUGCUCAAGUUUUCAGCGCUAGAUUAUCAGCAUAUAUUGAAUACAACAGCAAAAUCGAAGGAGGAUUUGUUAAUUCACAGAUUGGUCCACUUCAAAUACCAAACAAAGCAGGAUAUGACACAGCAGUGGUAUUAGAUUUUUUAAACAAACUUUUUGAUUCCGUAAACGCACAUACUUUGCAUCCAGAAAGUCCUUUACGAGUUGCGGUAUCAAAAAAUAGUAAACAUCAUGAUUUUUGA